GUAAAAGUGUGUUUCUCUACACACGUGAUCGUCUCUGUGCUGCGCCUCAAAAGAACGAACCAGUCUGAUCUAAAAUAGAACUGAGCUGGGCGUGCCAGUAUGGAGUUGGCAGAACUGCCCCGCUGGGAGAUUGGCAUCUACUGGUUCCUUUCUUUGGCUUCUCACUUGUACUCCUUCUACCAGCUUCACCUCUUCUCUAAAGAACAUGAGGAGAACCUGGAGCAGGACCUACAGCUGGAGAGGAGCAUCAUUUUCUGGAGCUACAGGAAGGACUCCACAGAUUUCGAGUGGAGCUUUUGGACCGAGUGGGCGUGUCGGUCUCUUUUCUGGUCUCUGAUUGGUCACGCCGUGGUGUCACAGCUUUGCACUGUUUACAUGCCUCAGCGCAGAAAAGCCGUCCUCACGGUUUACGGUGUUCUCUGUGCCUGGUGGCUCCUCGGCUCGAAGGGCGUGGCCGUCUUACUGCUUCAUCUCAGCGUCUCGUUGGCUGUCGCUCACCUGCGGAGCCCCGCCCUGUGCUGGGGUUACACCCUCCUAAUGCUGUCCACUCUUCAUAUCGGCACCCUGCAGGACAUACAGCGAGGCUGGUACCAUUCAGACGAAAACUACUACCUGCUGCUCUUCAGCACGGUGAUGUGCGCGUUACGCUGCACCAGCUUCAGUCUGGAACUGUGCUGGAGCCCCACGCCGGACGAGGACACGAGGAGGACGAGGACGUUUUUAUUACGCCUCUACAACCUCAUCAACUACUGCUUCUACCAUCCUCUGUUCUACAACGGGCCCAUCGUUAACUACGACCAGUUCAGCCAACAGGUGGAGCGUCCAGUGUGUAAAACACCAGCGGCGUGGUCGUGUGGUCAGAUGGUGCGAGUGUGUGGCUGGUGGUGUUUGGCUGAACUCAUGAUCCACCUGAUGUACAUGCACACCAUCCAGAACCAGGAGACUUUCCUCAACAUGCUUCCACCAUGGGCGCUGGGUGGUUUGGCUCUGGCUCUGGUGCAGUUCUUCUAUGUGAAGUACCUGGUGCUGUUCGGUGUCGCGUCCCUGCUGGUGAAGCUGGAUGGAAUCGAACCUCCUGCUCUACCACGCUGUGUCAGCAUCAUGUACAGCUUUCGGGGCAUGUGGAGGCACUUUGAUGUGGGAUUGUACAAAUGGCUGGUCAGGUACCUGUAUGUUCCGUUGGGCGGUUCACGGCGUGGCCUCCUCCCGCGGGUCAUCUCCACCGCGCUGGCGUUCGGGUUCGUGUCUUUUUGGCAUGGUUUCCAUGACUACCUGCAGUGCUGGGCCGUGCUGAACUGGGCGUGUGUGGUGGUGGAGAACGCCGUGACGUCCUUCCUCCGCUGGCCUCCUCUUCAUCGCACCACGGUGCGUUAUCUGUCUCCAGCCGCUAGAAGGCGUGGCCUCGCGCUAAUCUCGUCUUUCUCCACCGCUAUGCUAAUUCUGUCCAACCUGGUGUUCCUGGGUGGGAUCCAGAUUGGUCUCGUCUACUGGAAGAGGGUGUUUAUCCAAGGUUGGUCCACCGUGACUCUUCCCAUGCUCGGGUUUCUCUACUGUUUCGCACAAGUGGGACUGGAGGUGGACCGGAAAACCACGUGAAGAUUCCCUACACGGUCUAGAACCUCAGGUUGGGUGGUGGGUUCAUGAUUGCGGAGUUGUGACCUGGUAUUUUGGUUCUGCCUGGUGUGGGUUCUGCAGAGAGCUGUAACGUAUGGAGGAACACGCUAUACUCUCUGUAUUCCUCCACCACUCAUGCAGAGAGAACAGUGGACAGAACUGUGCAGCAGAACGAAGGGAAUCCAGACCCGCCCUUCCCUCCCUUCGACACGUCCAGCUGUGUCUGUUAACUGCCCGACCAGGUCAGUACCAGCGCUGAAACAGAGCACCAAUCACAGACCGGUGCUGUUCAUCAGAGGCUUCUUCUUCAUUCUCAUAAACUGGUACUGGUGACACCAGCGCCAGUCCACAGUCGCCCUCACAUACCAUCAGUGGUGUCUGUCUGACUGAGGGUCUGGGACAACAGGACACUCAAUGAAUGAAUGAGUGAGUUAGUGAAUGAAUGAGUGCAUGAACUAAUGAGUAAGUGAGUGAUUAAAAGACUGAGUGAGUGAAUGAGGGAGUGAGAGAAUGAGUGAGUUAGUAAAUGAGUGAGUGAGUAAAUGAGUGAGUAAAUAAGUCAGUGAAUGAGUAAAUAAACGAGUGAGUGAAUAAGUGAGUAAAUGGGUGAGAGAGAAAAUGAGAGAGGGAGUAAAUAAGUGAGUAAGAGAAUGAGUAAAUGGUUAAUGAGUGACUGAGUGAGGGAAGAAGUAAACACGUGUGUUAGUAAAUAAUGAGGGAGUAAAUGAGUGAAUGAGAGAGUAAGUUAGUAAAGGAAUGAGUGAAUAAAUGAGUGAAUAAAAGACUGAGUGAGUGAAUGAGGGAGUGAACGAGUGAGAGAUUGAGUUAGUAAAUGAGUGAGUGAAUAAAUGAGUGAGUAUAUGAGUGAGUGAAUGAAUGAGUGAGUAAACAAGUCAGUAAAUGAAGUGAAUGAGUAAAUGAAUGAGUGAAUAAAUGAGUGAGUGCAUGAACUAAUGAGUGCAUAAGUGAGUGAUUAAAAGACUGAGUGAGUAAAUGAGUGAGAGAGUGAAUAAAGGAAUGAGUGAGUGAGUGAAUGAGUGAGAGAGAGAAUGAGAGUGAAUAAAUGAGUGAGUGCAUGAAUUAAUGAGUGAAUGAGUGAGAGAGUGAAUAAAGGAAUGAGUGAGUGAGUGAAUGAGUGUGAAUGAGUGAGUGAGUGAAUGAGUUAGAAAGUGAGAGAGUAAAUGGUUAAUGAGUGACUGAGUGAGGGAAGAAGUAAACACGUGUUAGUAAAUAAUGAGGGAGUAAAUGAGUGAAUGAGAGAGUAAGUUAGUAAAUGAAUGAGUGAAUAAAUGAGUGAAUAAAUGAGUGAUUAAAAGACUGGGUGAGUGAAUGAGGGAGUGAAUGAGCGAGAGAUUGAGUUAGUAAAUGAGUGAGUGAAUGAGUGAGUGCAUGAACUAAGCGAGAGUGAAUGAGUGAGUGUGAAUGAGUGGGUGAGAGAAUGAGUGAGAGUGAGUGAGUUAGAAAGUGAGAGGGUAAAUGAGUGACUGAGUGAGGGAAGAAGUAAACAUGUGUGUUAGUAAAUAAGUCAGUGAAUGAAUGAGUGAGUGAGUGAGUUAGUAAAUGAAUGAGUGAGUGAGUGAAUCAGUGAGUAAAUGAUGCUCUGUGAUGUAUUUACAGUGUAUUUCUACCUUACAUCCAGUGUUACUGGGGUGCACUGGACCCACCACGACUCUGGCCAUGAUGAUGUGGUUAAUAAAGAUGAAUGAAUGAAUGAAUGAAUGAAUGAAUGAAUGAAUGAGUGAGUAGUUCCAGUAUUCCUGGUUCCAGGAAUCGUUCAUAUUGAACCACCUUCUACUUUUCCUCCUGGUUCUGACCGUCCUCGUCUCAUUUAUUAGUUUUUAUUUCCUUCUAUUAAUCAUUCUCUGUUUAUAAUGUUUACAUUCUAAUAUUUAUAUAUUUAAAUUAUAAUUAAUUCUG